AUGAAAGACUCAACGAAAAGACACGAACACUUUAUCAGCUGCUUGAAAGCUUUCCAAGAUCUCCUUUAUCCCUUCUUCAACUCGGCUCGGUCCCAAAAGUCUAGAUCGACUCAACAACCUGACGGUUCAACGGUAGAAUUGUCUUUAGACAAUCGUUUCGAAGCUCUUCUCAAACUAGAUGAGGAUGAUAAUAAUACACAAGAGAACUCUGCCCAGACAGCUGCUAGAGAAAAUUCUCGUGUGGAGAAAGAACGAGAGACCUACGAGCUUGAAUAUGACAUCGAAGACGACUUGCCAUUCCAUGUUUGGUGCUUUUUCGCCGACCUUCACCGUACUCAAGAUUUUUUGAAAGAGACUUGGGCAAAGCAUGCUGGUGGCACGCUGAAUCUUCCAACAGCAUCAACCGUCACCAGUGUUGCCUUAGAGCUUGUUCAGAAAGCAGAAGCAGAGCUCGUUCAUCUCUCUCCACAGCAUCUCAACCAGUCAGGAUUGACUCCAUAUCUCUCGAUCAGUAGAUAUCUCUUCUCGGACGUCCUUUCUGAGAAGAUGCAAUGUGACCCUGUGAAGUGGUCCUAUCUCAUAGAGUCACUGCUCCCGAAAGGUAGAACAUCUACUAGCAGCCAUCAAGCUCCCUGCCGAGAAGAACCAUCACUUCCACAGUGGCUGAGGGCUAUUAUUGGUCCAGAGGCUAUGGAGAGCUACGAUUUCAUAUCACAUAUGAUGCUUGAUCUGUACUAUCCGCAUUUGACUGGAGACCAGACAAUGUUCUCCGAGACUACAUCGAACGUCAGAUCUGAAGCUCUAGACUUUCCUACCAAGCCGGAACCAUAUUUAGAUAUUAUCACGAAGUCCCUGUACGCAAGCUGUCUUGGAGGAUCAACCGUCAUCUCAGCUUUCAUGGUACGGGUUCUUUGCGAUAUACAAGAGAUCCUGGGGGACACAAUCCAAGAUAGUUACUCGAAUCUCCGAUGGCAAGGAGCACAAGCAGAGCGAAAGUUACGUUGGGGAUGGAGCGACUUGGAACGAACAACGACUUCAACAGGAUGGGGAUUAUCACCGAGGCAAUUAUUGCCCUUAUUCGGUAGUCCUUUGGCAGUGAAUCAGGCAAUUUCCACAUAG